AUGCCAAGCGGCUCGGCCUCUCAGCCCAACGGCUCUAGCAGAAGGCACAACGCACCCCUCCUCCACCACCGCACGUCGUCCACCCUCCACUACCAGACCUUCCCAACACCUCCGCCCAAAAGCGCCGGCAAGCCUCCCCCGAAGAAGGACGGCAUGAGGCAGAAUGGAGGCCCCGAAGGACCUCCCUCGCCAACUCUUACCAGAACCGACUCGCACGAUUCCCAGCAGCAUCACGAAACACCUCUACCGAAAGGACAGCUCGCGAUAUUGGCGGUGAUAGCACUGGCGGAGCAGACGGCGUUGAACAGCAUAAGUCCCUACCUCCCGGAUAUGGCGAGUAGUUUCCCGGAGGUAGAUGAGGCGAAGAUUGGGCUGUACGUGGGGAUAAUAGCAAGUGCAUUUGCCGGGGCACAGUUUGCGACGAAUUUCAUGUGGGGGUGGUUGAGUGACAGGAUAGGGCGGAAACCUGUUGUGCUGACCGGGACGAUCUUGACAGCGGCAUGUUUUGUGGCUUUCGGAUUUAGCAGGAGGCUAUGGCAGGCGAUUAUGGUGCAAGCGUUGAUGGGUCUGGUCAAUGGCAACCAGGGCGUGAUCAGUACCUGCCUAGGAGAGAUAACGGACAGAUCAAACCAGAGUCAGGCGUUCACGUACUUGCCGGUGAUAUACGGCAUUGGUGGUAUUACGGGGCCUUUGCUUGGUGGACUGUUGGUGCUGAGGGAGAAUCCGUUCAACAAGGGACAGGCGAAUCCGUAUCCUUACUUGCUACCGAACCUUUUCGCAGCGACGGUGCUGAUCAUCGACUUCAUCUUGACGGCCAUCUUCCUCAAGGAAUCUCUGGAUACGAGUGAGGACCUACCGCCGCUGAAGAAGAGAAUCACGAGUAUAUUCGCUUGGAUGUGGCAGUUUGCAGGCAAUUCAAGGAGACCGACAUACGUGAGACGCGCCAGCAAAAGUGCGCAUGAGACCCACAACUACCAAGCUGUGAGCUCCACAGAUACAGCGGUGGACGAUGAUGACGAUGAUGACGACGACGAUGAAGAUGAGGAUGAGAACCACCUUGACCAGAUUUUCGCAACCGCCAACAACGAGACUCUUGAGUGGAAGGAUAUCCUGAACAGGGACUUGAUCCUCCUCUUGGUGACGUACCUGAUCUUCCAAUUGAGUAAUAUAAGCUAUAACUCCUUAUUCCCGAUCUUCAGCGAAGCGAAACCGCCGACUGGAAGGAACUUGAGUCCUGAAGAAGUGGGCACGAGUCUUGCCAUCGCAGGCGCCAUCACCAUCAUCUUCCAGGCUGGGGUCUUCGAAAGAAUAAGAAGCAAAAUCGGCAACCGCAUUACCUACCGAGCUGGUCUGGCAGGCUUUGUGAUUGCCUUCUUUCUCAUGCCUUUCGUGGGAUAUAAAGAUGGAGCCAGUGGCAAGGGUGAAGACACAACGGCUGGGGAAAUCUGGCUCUGGGCUGAACUGGGUGCUGUUCUGAUCAUCAAGACUUUGGCUGGUGUUGGUGGCUUGACGAGUGCGUUGUUGCUCAUCACCAAUUCGGCGCCUUCGCACGCCGUGCUAGGGUCAUUGAACGGAUUGGCGCAGACACUGUCUGCAGGAGGUCGAGCGGUCGGUCCCUUCGUCAGCGGAGGCCUCUUCACCGCCGCGAUGUACGUCAAGCCGAAGGGCGAGCUCAUGGCUUUCGGUAUAUUUGCGGGCAUCUCGUUCAUUGGAUUUCUGCUGAGCUUCGGGAUCCGUGGGGCGAAUCUUGAGUCGGGUGAUCGGUCAGAAGACGAGAGCGAUGACGACGAGGAAUCUGCAAUCGCAGAGGAGCCUGAGCGGUCUCCCGAACGUUCAAGAAAGACUGGUAGUGGACGAUGA